CGAAUGUUCACCCCCACUAUCGUCCACCUUCCGCUCCCCUGCCCUCUUGGCCUUUUGGGCUCGUUUUCUUGCUUGCCCCUGCAAGCGAUGCUCCCUCAUCGCUGAUUUUAUCGCGCGUGGUUUGGGCACACCAAGGAAAACCCCUCGUCGACACACCGCCCCUCCGAGAUUCUGUCGGCCUUAAAUACUCUCGACCCUCUUUCCUGAACAGCUUGCGGCACUCUACAAUGUUCAUCCGAUAGAACUCCUCUCCUACCCUGCCCCCCCUUCCUCUUUGUAUAUUCCGAUAUAUUGCGCUUCGAGAUCUGAACCGCUCGGUCCCCCUUCCCUUAUGGCGGCCGCUGAACACACGAUAGCAAUCGACAAUGAAACGGCGAUGGAGCUCCCCACACUUCCGCCCAAUCAAGGCCUCGAAGCCUUCAAAGAUAUAGUUUUCGGAUCUGCUGCGGGGAUGGCGGGCAAAGUGAUCGAGUUCCCCUUCGACACCGUCAAAGUACGACUUCAAUCGCAGCCGGAUCACCUUCCUCUGAGAUACCAAGGGCCUUUGGAUUGUUUCCGCCAAUCAUUCCAGGCGGAUGGUCUACGCGGGCUUUACCGUGGCAUCAGCGCACCCUUGGCAGGGGCUGCCGUGGAGAACAGCUGCCUGUUUUUCAGCUACCGUAUUAUCCAGGAUAUAUUGAGGGCCACCUUCUACACCUCGACCGACGUGCUGCCUUUUCCCGCCCUAGUUCUGUGCGGCGCUGCAUCUGGGUCCAUCACCUCGCUUGCACUUACUCCCAUUGAGCUCAUUAAGUGCAAAAUGCAAGUUCCUCUCGCGGGUACCAACGCAACGGCGCCGGGACCUUUGGCUCUUGUUGCGUCCGUCUUUCGCCAAGACGGUAUUCUUGGUUUCUGGCGCGGUCAGCUGGGAACGCUGAUCCGCGAGACAGGUGGGGGUGCUGCCUGGUUCGGAGGCUACGAAGGGGUCUCGGCACUGUUUCGCGCCACUCGUGUCCCAUCUGCUGAGGUCGGUCAAAGCAAAACGGAUGCCGAUAAGCUUCCACUUUGUCAGCAAAUGAUCGCAGGUGCAGCGGCCGGUGUCAGUUAUAACUUCCUGUUCUAUCCUGCCGAUACAAUCAAAUCACGCAUGCAGACUGAGGAUAUCACCCAUGUGGCACACCAUGGCGAACGACAGACAUUCUGGGGGGUUGCCAAAGCUCUGUGGCGACAGCAAGGGCUAAGGGCCUUAUAUCGAGGUUGCGGUAUAACAGUUGCCCGGUCGGCCCCCAGCUCAGCCUUUAUCUUCACUGUGUAUGAAGGUCUACGCACUCAUUUUGCCUAGACCUUGUAUGGCCCAACAUUACUGCACCGCUUCUAUCCUUCGGUUCUUUUUUUCUUGACUCUUCAGCUGUUUUCUCCCGCUUCCCCCCCCCCCCCCCCCC